AUGGGUGUGAUGAGAGCGGUAUUUUUAUUAUGCUUUGUUGUAAUAACUUGCUUCCACAUUAAUGGUGUAGCAUCAGUUGCCAUGAUAAAAGAGGAGAAACAUGCUUUGCUUCAGACUAAAUGUUGGAAUUUUAGCAACAGAGCCCACAACUUGUCAGACCCUUGUCACUGGGAAGGCAUAUCUUGCAAUGAUUUUGGAAGCCUUGUUGAGAUGAAUUAUCAACAGAUGACUACACAAUGCUACUGUCUAGCAGAUUUCAAUUUCACUGCAUUUCCCAAUCUAGAAUGUCUCACACUUUCUAAAACGGGUUUGAUAGAUACCAUUCCAAGUCAGAUAGGAUCUCUUCAUAAACUUAUCCAUCUAAACUUAUCUUUUAACAAUCUUACUGGGAUUAUUCCAUCCCAAAUAGGAGCUCUUCAAAAGCUCACUUAUUUGGAUUUGUUUGACAAUAGUCUUACUAGGAUCAUUCCAUCACAGAUAGGAUAUCUUCAAAAUCUCACUUAUCUGGGCUUGUCUUAUAACAGUCUUACUGGGAUUAUUCCAUCCCAAAUAGCAGCUCUUCAAAAUCUCACUUAUCUGGACAUAUCUUCCAAUAGUCUCACUGGGAGCAUUCCAUCACAGAUAGGAUCUCUACAUAAUCUGAUUGAACUACGCUUGUAUUCCAACAGUCUUACCGGGACCAUUCCAUCACAGAUAGGAUCUCUUCAUAAUCUGAUUGAGCUAGACUUGUCUUAUAAUUGUCUUACUGAUCCCAUUCCAACUCAAAUAGAAGAUCUUCCACAACUCACAUAUCUAAACUUGUCUUACAACAAUAUUGUUUCAAGGAAUGAGCAUGCAGUGCUUCAAAGCAAAUGGUGGAACUUAAGCAAUGGUGGCUCCCACUACUAUUGUGACUGGGAUGGCAUAUCAUGCGAUGGCUUAGGAAGAGUUAUCUUAAUUAACCAACCAAGAAUCUAUUCACAGCAUCCUCAACUAGCAGAUCUCAACUUCACUGAAUUAGAAAGACUAAAAUACUUAAAUCUUUCUAGAAUGGGGAUAACAGGUACCAUUCCAACUCACAUAGGAGGUCUUCAAAAUCUCAAUUAUUUGGACUUGUCUUGCAACAACCUUACAGGUAUCAUUCCAACUCAUAUAGGAGGCCUUCAAAAUCUCAAUUAUUUGGACUUGUCUUGCAACAACCUUUCAGGUGGCAUCCCUUCUUCAAUUUUCGAUUUGAGAUAUUUACAAGAUUUUGAUGCUUCUCAAAAUCAAUUAAGUGGUGGCAUUCCAGAAAAAUUAGGAAAUUUCAAUAUUGGCUUUCACAUAAAUGUCUCCCAAAAUAAUCUGAGUGGAAACAUACCGGACAUUUUGAACUACUUAGAUGUUGAUGUUAACUUUACUCACAACAAAUUCAAUGGAAUAUUACCAUCUAAUAUAUGCAGUGAGCCACCAUCAUGUAGCAUUGACUUAAGCUACAACAGUAUCUCUGGUAGCAUACCUGGAGAAUUUGGUAGGCUACAAUACAUCAACUUGUCAUACAAUCUUCUUAGCGGCUAUGUUCCAAGUGAAGUUUAUAGCUCUUUUCCUCAUGACAUUUUAAAUGGUAAUAGAGAAUUACUUACGCCAGAGAAGAUACAUAAAGGCUCAAAGUCUUGGCUGAAAAUCAUUAUUCCUUUGACAAUUUUUCUUGUCAUCACAUUUGUUGUGGGUUUUAUCUUAUUUGAAUCAUUCAAAAAGCACAAGAAAUCCAUAAGUAAGGCAAGAGAAGCAAAAAAUGGGGAUUUGUUUUCCAUAUGGAAUUAUGAUGGAAAAAUUGCAUAUGAAGAUAUCAUUGAAGCAACAGAGGACUUUGACAUCAAAUAUUGUAUCGGAACCGGUGCUUAUGGAAGUGUUUAUAGGGCACAACUUCCAAGUGGCAAAAUCAUAGCAUUGAAAAAACUCCAUAGAAGAGAAUAUGGAGACACAUUUUUGGCCAAGAGUUUUCACAAUGAAGUGAAGAUGUUGAGUGAAAUUCGACAUCGCAAUAUUGUAAAGCUUCAUGGUUUUUGUUUGCAUAAUCAAUGCAUGUUUCUCAUAUAUGAAUACAUGGAAAGAGGAAGCCUUUUUUAUGUGUUGAAUUAUGAUGAUAAAGCUAAAGAGUUGAAUUGGAGUAAGAGAGUGAAUGCCAUUAAAGAAAUAACAAAUGCUUUGUUGUAUAUACAUCAUCAUUGUGCUCCUUCAAUUAUCCACUGA